CUCUACUAAGGUGGCGCAGAUCAGCGCUUUAGUGUGCGUGCAAUCCAUGUCAAGUUGAGGAAUGUCACGAACACACAUGCAUUGCUUUGAUUGCCUACGUCACUAUUUUUGUUUAUGUUUUGAAUGCCCUUCGGUUCAAAUGGAAAGCGCGAAGUAACCCGCGGAAAAGACGCGAAUUUUUCGGUUUUUAGUGGAAGUUUCGUCGGUUCAAGCUAAAUUAAACGAAAAUGCCGCGGUGUGCAGUAAAUGUGUGUGCUAUUUCAGCAGAACAAGCCAAAAACCGCGAAGUAUACAUCAGCUUUCAUACGUUCCCGAAAGAUCCCCAGAGGCGAGCAAAAUGGGUGAAGUUGUGUGGGCUUGUCCGGGAUCCCGGAACGGUUCUGUACGUGUGCUCCCAGCAUUUCGCCCCGGAUGCAUUCGUGACAAACGCUACAGUGAAGAAAACCCUCAUGAGCACUGGUCGGAACAUUCUGACAAAAGAUGCGGUUCCAACAAUUCGUUCCCCUGAACCGAGUGACGAUGAAGUCAGUACAAGAAGCCGACGUUAUCAGGCCAAAGAGCGGAAGGAGAUUGUAGCCAAUCUGCUAACAAGCUACCAGGGCAAUGAAGGCGAAAAAUCAAAGCAGGCUGGAAUUGAAGAAAGAUCGGAUCAGGAACCCUGGUACAGUGCGAUUCCGUUUUUGGCAUGCUCCUCUUUUGGCAUGCUCCGUUUUUGGCAUACCCCGAUUUUGGCAACAAACGGUUCCGUUUUUGGCAACAGUUUUGGAUUCACUUGAAAAAAGGGCAAAUUUAAUAUAAAUAAGCUAUUUUUGAUACUGAACAGUUCUUAUUUGAACAA